AUGGCGGAAUUUCAUGCCGCUGGAUUUUCCGAGUUUGACAAGUUCUUUGGCGGCGAAACCAGUAAAGAAAAAGAGGAGUCGAAGGAUGCCUUGUUAGCAAAGGGAUCCAAGGAAUCCAAGACAACUGGAAAGGGAAGACGUGGAGGUGUUGGAUCCAAAGCCUCCACUUUAUCUUCAACGGCACAAUCCUCCACAGUACUUUCUAAGCGACUCCUCAAAGUUGGGACCAAACGAUCGCGGAAUCGAGAUGCUGAUCUAGAUGAAGAGGAAGAAUACACAAAUGAUGAUCGAGAUUCUGAGCAAGAUGAUGACGAUGGUGAAGAAGAUAUUGGACGAACGGGGAUUUCUCUUAGCAAAGAAUCAUCAUUAGCAAAAUCCAAAACAAAUGACGUAUUGGAUCAGCUGCAACCUUCCAAGAAAAAGAAGCAAGGGAAGAAGGAACGACAACGAUUGAAGGAAGAGGCAGAUAAGAAAGCAGAGGAAAUAAUACGCAAAGAUGAAGUUGGUGGAGAAUCCACUGAAAACAACAACGCGGACGAUGUUGACGGUGAGGCAACAAAUGCCAAACGGAAGCCCAAACGACGCAAAAUUAGGAGUCGGCAAAAGAAUAUUCGCAAAGACUCUCGAGGCAUGGGUGAAAAACCAAAGCAUCUACGGGUAGGGGCUUCCAACUACCAAGGACGGCCACUGACAGACGAAACCCGUGCCAGACUCAAUUUGGCCCCCAGCAAAACCAAGGCGAGCCCGUUCUUUGUCAUUGAUCGGGCGCCUACUCCCAAGGUGGAAGAAGGAAUUGCCUUGGGUGUGGAAGAUUUAUUGGCCGAACCCGCUGCGGUCGAGGGAAGCAGCACCAAGAAAAAGAAGAAGAAAAAGAGCAAACGAAAGUACAAGAAUCUCUAA